GUGAAGUGGAAGCAGACGUGAUCAGAGCGGUCGCUCCUUACGAACCGGAGUCGUCUUUAUCUUUUUACCCCUCCGGACCCGGGCCGAGAUGACCGAGAGCGGCCCAGAACGGAGCGAGAAGCCGGCCAAAGAGCUGCUGGCCCUGGACCCCGCUCAGGAGUCCGAGUUCAGGAAGAAGGUCCAGGAAGCCAAGAAGAACAAGCCCAGGAAGUUCAAUGAGCUGACUCCAGGAGUGGUGUACGUGGGCCACCUUCCUCUGGGCCUGUUCGAGACGCAGCUCAAGGAAUACUUCGAACAGUUUGGGAAGGUGCGGCGGCUGCGGCUGUCCCGGAGUAAGAAGACUGGAGGAAGUAAAGGCUACGCCUUCGUGGAGUUCGACUGCGACGAAGUGGCGAAGAUCGUGGCAGAAACCAUGAACAACUACCUCAUGGGAGAACGGAUCAUCAAGUGCCACGUGGUGGAGCCGGAGAAGGUGCACGAGAAGCUGUUUGUGGGCUCGCAGACGCAGUUCAAGAAGCCGUCCCACCCGGCCGUGUCCCGCUACAACAAGCCGCACGCGCCGGAGCAGAUCGCCAAGAUGACCAGCAAGCUGCUGCGCAAGGAGGCCAAACUCCGCAAGAGGCUGGCGGCGCACGGCAUCGACUACGACUUCCCCGGGUUUGCCGCCCAGGUUCCUGACAAGAAGAAGAAAGAGACGUCAGUCCUGAACGAGUCCACGUGCAGCGACGACACCACGCUGCUGGGCACCCCGUCCUUCCUGGAGAAGAGGUCCAUGAUCGUGGGUGACGACGAGGACGACGACGAGAUCAUCGUAAAGGUUCCAGCUCCUCAGAAUGCCGAAGAGUGCUCGGAAGAGGAGGAGGAGGAGGAGGAGGAGGAGAGUGCUGAUGAAAAGGAGGGACAGGAGUCGGACUGUGAUGUGCAGGAAGUGGAGUGAAGGCAGAAGGCUCGAUAUUGACUGGGGCGGUCUGAACUGUGUGCAGAGGGAGGCUCCUCUGCAGGAGGCCACAGGAAUUGUGGGUAAUGUAGGGAAUAACCUGAACGCCGCCGUCAGAGCGGAGACUGGAUACGAGAGGAGGAAGUCUAUCAUUCUUUCCAUCAUUCAUACCGAAUUCUGAGAUUGGCAUCAACGUCCCGCCCACCCCCGAGCCAGUCCGUGGCGGCACUGCAAGGCGUUUUGUUUCCCGUCUUAUUGGUAAAUGAAUCAUGAAGUAGCCUUUUUUAUGUUCAGUUUUGGCUUUCUGGAACGUGAAUAUGGUUUCAGUGUUUCAUACAGCAGCCUGCCACCAGGGGGCAGUAUUUAAUUUUAUUUUUGGUUGGUAAACAAUUAUUUGAUAAUGUUUGAGAGAAUGUACAUUGUGAAAUACACCUCUAGAAAAUAAAAAAAUCAAACGGCA